UCUGCGCAUACAAGGUGACAUUAGAUUAUUGAUAACAAACAGUCAGUAGAAAUGGCAACCGCUGACGUUGAAGGUAGUGAUUUAAAGGAUACCAGUAAUUCUGGACCCAAAGGCCAGGAUCGAACAAAUGGGAGUGCCAGACUCGGAAAAAGAACAGAAGAAGAAAUGAGAGAGGAGCAUCGGAUUUUGAGGGAAUUACGCAAACUCGAGGGACAUCAAAACCAGAUUUUCGAGGUCGUAUCAUCAAUGAAACGCGAAUUAUGCAAUUGCAGAACAACGUCAAAGGAGGGUCAAGAAAUUGACAAUCGUCUCCACGACCAGAGUGUUACAAGUGUCGACGCAAACAGACUUGAGGUCGAAAUAACACAGGAACAGAAACAUAUAUCUGAGUUAAACCAGCAGCUAGAUGAGACGAAACUAACGAUCACAACAUUGGAUAAAACGGUCGCAGAUAAUGAAAAGCAAAUAGACGAAUUGAAUGGUGAAGUCAGACAGCUCACUGCAGAAAAGGAACAGUUAAGUGGAGAUGGUGAGACAAACAAGGCAAGGAUAGAAGAACUUCAAAAGAAGGUUACAGACAAAAAUGAAAAGAUAAAAGAAAUCGAAAAAGAAAAGAGUACCUUAAUAAAAAAUAUUGAAGUAAAUAACGGUGCUGUAACAGAGCUUACGAGACAACUGAAAUACAAGACUAAUUUGGCACAGCUACAACGGGAUUUGCAUCAGCUGAGUACCACAGCCGAGCAGAACAGUGCUCUACAAGAAAGAUGUUCAUGUUUGGAGGAAGAGAUAGACACACAAUCUGCGGAAAUAGAAUAUUUAAAAAGAGAAAAGGAUGAUGUAUAUGCCGAGAUGAACGCACAAAGACAACGUCAAGAAGAUAAUUCCGUGGAGCUAAAACAGAAAAUAGACGAAAAUGCAAUACUACAGAGCCAACUGUCGGAAAAAGAUACCAGGCUAAUUCUGCUGGUUGAGGAAAAAACUGGGGCCAAAUAUGAAAUUGAAAGACUGGAAAAAGAAAUGAAGAAGGAAAGGGAUAAAUAUGCCGAAACCCUAGAACUAGCAACAAAAGGAAAAGAAAGCUCAACCGACAUUGCGAAAAAGCAAAAAGAGUUGGAUGAUGCUAAAAGAGAAAUCGAAAAAUACAAAAAAGAGAAAGAGGAAGAAAAAGCAAAAAAAAAAGUCGAACUUGACGAAGCAUCAUCUGAAAUGGCUAUAGUCCUAGAACAAUUGGCUACAGCAGACUCUGCAUUAUUAGAGGGAGCUGAAGCAUCCAAAAAAAAGCAAGAAGAGUUAGAUUUGGCAAAAAAAGAAAUCGAGCAACUCAGAAAGGCAGUCAAACGAGAAGAGGAUGAGAAGGAAAAGAAGACAGUCGAGCUAGACAAAACAUCAUUAGAAAUAACUUCCCUUGCUCUUCGACCGGAACAGUCUUCGUAAGAUGCAGGGAAAGAGUUUAUCAACUGGACAGGGAUUUGCAAAAUGGGCUGUCUCUUGCACGAAGGCUCCCACGAGGAGUUUGCCUCGAAUUUAAUAGCGAUUUAUUAUAUUACUUUUAAAACGUUUCGAGUUAGUGUCAAUGACGUCAUUUCAAUGUUCAGUGUGAUAUGCCCCGUUAUGGUUAAUGGAACCAUUAGAAAAAGCUUAUUUGUGAAUAUCAGUUAUUUUACAACCCAGUUGUAUAUACUGUUUAUCCAGAAUUGUACUUUGGUCUUAAUUGGUUAAAUUUGUUACUCUACUUUUUGAUUUUGAAUUUCACUUGAUGUCCGUUCGUUGUUGAUCACAUCCUUGUAACACCCCCUUUAUCAAAAAUAAAAUCUUGAAAAACG